UUAAAAGCAUGUCCCAAAAAACUACUUGAAAGGAAGCACGAAACUGUACAGGAAAGCCCCUUCUAAAAGGCAGGCAGAAAGGGAAUGUAAGUGUGAGUGUGAGAGACUGUGCAAUUAUGUGGCGGCGUCGUCCAGCUCGAAGAAUUACAGCAAUAAACGGGGCAUCCACAUGCAAAUGCAAUGUCACUGAGCUGAGUCACGGAACGACAGGUGGAGUAGAGAGUGCAAAAGAGAGAGAACCGGCUCCAAGGGAGAGAAUGAAUGCCGGUAGUGUUAGGACGCCACUUGGGUUGGUUGUCAUGGCCAAAAUGCAAGGUAAACAGAGAGAAAGAGAGUGAGAGAGCGCGGAGACUUGCAUUCGAUAAGGAAGAAGGGGUUGAAAAAGCCCGCCCAGUGGAGCAUAACGAAAGCACAAGUGAACUGAGAAUUGCAUGUGAGAGAAAGCAGAAAGAGCAGGGAGAGAGGGAGGAGCCAUAGUCUGGAGUCUUCAAAGGUGUAUUAACAUGGCGUGAGGCAUUUUUUAUCACUAUAUUGAAACCCACUUUGUACACUAUAUAAUGUAAGAGGAAGAAUGGAUCUCUUUCUGAGAAUGCCUUACCCUCUCACUAAGUACCCUGUGGAUUACACUCAUCAAUUUAACCGUCCAUUGAGAUGAGCUGGGGCGCGUGCGCCAUGGAGUGAUUCUCGUUAUCCAUCGCCUGUCCCGUCGUCUGUGUGGCUGCUUUCCGUUUCUUUUGUGCUUCUUUUUAUGUUGUGUUGUAUGGCGGCAAAGAGGAGCUUCAAUCGAAACGCUUGACGAGUGAUGUGGAAAUUUUCAACGCAACACAGCACGCCGGGCCGAGAGACGGCACCAGUCCAGAGAGUGGCUUCCACUCUCCACCACCAAGAGCACUUGUGUGUGUGUGUGAGAAUGUAUGCAGGUGGAGCAUAAGUCCGAACGGAACGGAACGCACACCGGCUUUACCUUACAGGCUGUUGCUGUUGCUGCUGCUGCUGCUGCUGCUGCUACUCUUUCUGUUUGCCUCACCUGGCGGUUGUUAGGGGGCAUGGCUCGGCUCGGCCCGUUCCCUGGUUGUGGCAACAUUAUGGAAAAUCAGUUUGUGUUUGGAUCGUGAUGAGCUCGUGCGGCGCGACGGAGUGGUAGCAAAUGUGCCUCGCCUGGAUAACUCUUAGCUCUAACUUCCAUCUUUGUGACGUGUGCCCCUAACAGCAGUGCAAAGUUGAAGAAUCUAUAAUGCCAAAAAGGAAUAGUCCUUAUCGACAAAGUGCAGAUACAAGGAUACAAGAAAUACAUUCCAAGCAAUAGGUUUUAAUUGUGACUGUGCUUAAAGAGCACACAACAAAAGAAAACCUUCCCAUAAAUUCCAUUAGAGAACGUUUAUAUAGAACAUCACUGAUAUAAGGAAAUUUAGUGGCUGUCAUAGAAAGGAAACAUGCAAUAAAGAGGAAACUUUAAUUAUGGAAAGUGUAAAGAAAUUGCAAGUGAACAAAGAUCGCUAGAAGAAUAAAGAAAACUAUAUGGUUUGUGUGGAGCUAAAGACUUGGUUAUUGGUUAAUCGGAAUACAAUAUACAUUGCUUUGCAAAAUGUGGAUAAAACAUCAUUGGAUAUGCUAUCUGAUUGCCGUGUUCUGCUGGCUAGAUAAGGCCACCAUUGGAGCGAUACUGGACUCGCGCUGCUAUCUGGAGGGUGGCGGCUCGGCGGAGAGUUUCCUGGCCACCGAAGAUCUGGAGGUGGGCUCCAUAAUUGGCAAACUGCGCAUCAAUGGCGAUCCAAAUGCAGAGACUGGCGACAUCACUCUGUCGCUGAGGGAGAAGACUGCGCCCGUAGAGAUUUUGGCAGGGAGCAAGGACCUGGCCUUGUCUGUGGAACUGGACAAGGAGGGUGUCAGAGGUCCCUCGUCGAUAUAUGUAAAUGUUAUAUGCAUAAGGAGGCAUUCAACGGAUCCGAGCUUCGUCAUCCCCGUCAAUGUGCGCGUGACGGACGUCAAUGAUAAUGCCCCCCAGUGGAUUGGCACCCCCUACACGCUGACCCUGUCCGAGGUGACGGUCCCAGGGACAAGGAUACUGCAGGGAGCCCGUGCCGAGGAUGCCGAUCAGCCAGGUCCCUUCUCCACCGUCGAAUAUCAGGUGCUGCCCGGACCUUAUGCGGAGUUCGUGCAGUUCCUCAAUCCCCUAGAGGGCACUCUGGUGCUGAGGAAGGCUCUGGACUACGAGCAGUUGCAGAAUUUCACGGUGAAGCUGAGGGCCCAGGAUCAGGGGACGCCGGCACGCCACUCGGACACAUUGCUGCGCGUGGUGAUCACCGAUGCGGACGAUCAGAAUCCCAAGUUCCAGCGGGAAUCCUACAGCGCAGAGCUGCCCAAUGAUGGUCGUCCCGGAGAGCUGCGCAUGCGCCCCGAGCCCCUCAAGGCCGUGGAUCAGGACGAGGGCAUCUGUGCGCCCAUUCAAUACACCAUUGUCCAGUCGCAGGACGCCAAGUACUUCCGCAUCCAUCCGCACAACGGACAGAUCACCCUGCUGACGCCCAUUGGCUAUGGGGAGAUCGCUCACGGGGCCACGCUGGUUGUAAAGGCCACGCAGAUCGACAAUCCCGAUCGCUAUGCCCUGACCACAGUCCAGCUAACGCGCCCUGGCAGCCACAGCGAUCUCAGCACGCUCUCCUUUGUCCAAAAGCGCUUCGUGAUGCGCAUUCGCGAGGACACGGCUGUGGGCAAUCGUAUCCUGGCGCUGCCCACAAACAAGCCGGGAAAACACUUGAAAUACACCAUACCAGAUCCCGUCAACUCUCAGUUCUUCAGCGUGGGAUCGCUAGGGGAACUGGUGCUGGCCAAGCCGCUUGACUACGAGAAGAUGACGAAGCACGAGUUCCAGGUGCUGGCCACCGAUGGGAUGACCAACAGCACAGCGGAACUGACUCUGGAGGUGAUUGAUGUCAACGACUGGGAGCCGCGAUUCCGUGAGACCCACUACGAGUUUAUGGUGCCCAAAAGCCAGUCGCUGCAGUCGCGCACGGACACCUUUGAGGGUGUACUGAUUGGCAAGGUGGAGGCAGCCGAUGGGGAUCGCAAUGACAAGCUGGAGCUAUCCCUGCGCGGCCAGCAUGCCGGGCUCUUUGAGAUCGAUGCCACUGGGAACAUCUAUAUGCGGCCGGAGCAGCUGCAGAGCCUGAAUGAGUCGACGGUGCAUCUGAUAGCCAUUGCCACGGACACAGGAGUGCCGCCCAGGAGCACCUCUGUGCCAGUGAGCGUCACAAUGGAGGGACUGACGCUGGCCCAGUCCGGCUGGAACAGCAAUAUGCUGGGGAUGUUUGGCAUGAUUGUUGGCCUCUUCCUGAUGAUCAUCUUGGCCCUUACCUGCUACAUUGUGCGAUCCAAGAAGCAGGGUAAGAGCAGUGCCAGUGCCCUGGGUCUCGGCCGGAACAGGGUCCACAGCCAGGCGCACAGCAGCGUUUCGUCCGCUAAUCUGGUGACCCACGAAAAGCUGGCAGGGAAUGGCAAUGGUGCCAGCGUGACCAGCGGCGGUGUCUCGGUGCUGCACAUGAAGCAUGGCGGGAACAUCACUAUGGCCAAUCCCAUGAACAACGGGUUGCAUCAUGUGGCCAGUGGCGCCAGCAGCAGCAUGGCUCUGGGCAGCUCCGCGGCUCUUCUGGAGCGGGAAAGGGAGCGCGAGAGGGAGCGCCAGCGGGAGAGCUAUGCAGCCACAGUUCGCAUCUUCUUGCCAGGCAUCGUUUCGAGGGCCUCGGCCAAUGGCCAGCUGUACGAGGAGGACGAGAUCGAGCACGACUCUCUGCAGACGUCGACGACGACGCCGGAGAACAACAAUCGGAAAGUGCCGGCCUUAGUAGGAGCUGUGGGUGGUGCAAUGGGUGCAAAUGGUGUCACCACCAUCACCACCGCCUCGGCCAAUGCGGGCCAGUCCAAUCUGCUGUCAGCCACCGAUGCCAUGAGCUCCUCGGAGAACAAUCUGACGGUCUACUUCUAGAAGCUGGGGGGAGGAUGGAGGUGAUGAAGAGGAGGAGUUGUAAAUAUCGCUGCUAAGUCAGUUUAGGAUUAGGAUUAAGGCCCCCAGCACUGUGUAUGUACAUUGAGUAGACCAAAUAUAGCAUUGUAAACAGUCCCCUCCCCGCACACGAUUUUAGGCUAAGUCCAAGCGAUUUCCAUUGUAAAGUUUUUGCUUCCCAGAAGAGGUCCGAUCCCACAGAGAUCGCAGGGAAUUCCUGUUUUUCAGCUAAUCCAGAGCGUGUGAAACUUCUCGAAAUACAUGUAUGUUUAAAGAA